GAUGACAUACUCUGGCCAAUUUCUAAAGGUAUCAAACCUGGCUUCAGAUUUGACAUGUAUGCUUCUGUUCAAAAUGAUUGGAAUGAAGUGCAGUCAUUUCUCCUAAGUGAAAUGACAUGUAUCAGGUUCUCAAAUGCGUCGCACGAACUCGCGAUAACAUGGUAUCGUCACUUCAAUUUCGUUUCUGUGGGAACUGUGACUGAUUCCGGCAUAAUAUUACUUUCCGAGGAAUCUGAUUUGCGUAACGGUACUGGAGUUAAAACCGAAGAGUAUUUGGAUAUCAAGGGAAUAGGACCAAACAUUUUGAAAUUUUCGGUCCUAUCACAGAGUGAAUCCGUAGAGAUUCUGUUGAAUAACCAAGCGUAUUUCACAUACCAUCUGAAUAUGACCAACAUUCACGCAUUGCAUGAGUUGCAGGUGAAACGCACAUCGAACGAGUUUGGCAUAAAUGUCGCGUUGCAUGGUUAUCGGAUUAGGCUCGGGUAAUACCGGACAAGUAAAGAUGAAGACAGUCUAAGAUUCUUAUGAUACAAUGAGCUUUUUAUCCGUCGUUUUUUUCUAUAAAUACAGGAUUUAUGUUCACUGAGUGUUAUGAAAAUAAAUAUUUCAUGAUUGACAAUAGCCACGAUAAAAAAUAUGAUAAUUUUCAUUCCACAAGAUGAAAAUAAAUCCUAAAAUUUUAGAAAAACACUUGAAUUUUCUAUAUAUAUAUAUUUCUUUCUUUUUUCUGACAUUCCAAUUUGAAAGACUUCCUUUUAAAAUGUGGGUAUUUGGUAAAUUUUUAAGAAAGUAGUCCGACAAGACACCAAUGAAAGAUUGUGGAAAAUGUUUCUCUGCAGUGAAAAUAUGGGAAAUAAAUAUACGCAUUUUAUUUCAUCCAUAUUUCUCAUAUAACAAGUAAAUAAGUUAACUUUGAAUAAUAUAACGAAAAACAUAUAACGAUAAAGAAAGUAUCUGUUUGGAUUAGUUUUUAUGUAGCUUUUGAACAAUAAAUCAUGCAUUUUUGUGUUACAGCGCCCUCAAAAUUAAUAAUUUCAUGACAACACUUGAUUUUUUUCUUGUCCGCUGAGAAAUCCUCUCAGCCACGACGCAAUGAGUUUAAUCUGAAUACUUUUACGAUGAGGGUGUCUUUUUUCAGGAAAUAUUUUUUUUUUAGAAAAGAACAAUAAAUAAUACGUCAUUAAUUAAGAUAUGAACGGAACACAUGACGAAAUGUUAAUAUGUCUCCCUCAUGUUUCUCUGUGAUGUUUUUUUCUUUUCUUUUGAUAAUGAUUUGUUGUUAUGACAACAUAGUUAUUUUGAAUGUAUCACUUUUCAUUUUUUUCAGUUUUUUUCAAUUCUCUUUUCAAAAGAUUGACUUAUAGUUUUUUACAGAUGUUAAUAUAAAACUAAGAAGGUUAAUUCCCCAUUUUUCUUUAAAAAAAGCGUAUAGAUUUGUAAAUUUUUUAAUAUGAAUCAUGUUAAUGCCAAGACAGUACAAUCGCAUGUUAACAUAUAUUCUUUUGUACCUGAUUGAAUAAGAAAGAUGACGUUGUUUAAACGUGUUUCGUUUUAAAAUUUUGAUCAUUGACAUAUGUCACAAAGCCUAUGUGAAGUUGUUAAGUACAUAGAAGAUAUUAAAGUUUUUCUUUUCUAUAAGUGCAGGAUUUAUUUUCACUGAGUAAAUUGAAAAAAAAAAUCACGAGUGGUUGUAUAAUUAUAUGAGUGAAAUA